AUGGCCUCCAACUACAGCUUAGCCUCAUUGAAAAUGCCAAUGGACGAUUCCACGUGGCGAUUUCAUAUUGGACACCAAGACUGCUUAAAGAAAAGUGAGACGGAACACACAAAGGUAAGAAGAAGAAAGAAGAAAAAAAUGGUGGAGCUUAAGAACAAAGACUCGUCCCACUGGUGGUGGUUGGAUAGCCACAGCAAGGGAAGUUCGAAUCGUUCUCCGUGGCUUCAGUCGACCCUUGCCGAUCUCGAUGAGAAGACGCGAAAAAUGCUGAAGCUAAUAGACGAAGAUGCCGACUCAUUCGCUCAACGGGCCGAAAUGUACUACCGUAAGCGUCCCGAGCUCGUGUCCAUGGUCGAGGACUUAUACCGGGCCCACCGCUCCCUAGCCGAGCGGCACGAACAACACUCCAAAUCUGAAUCGGGCCUGGCCCGUUUCCCAACUCCGUGGGCCCCACAGUCGUUUUCCCCUCUAUCCUUCUCAAAGUACCGUCUCGAAAAAUCCCCGAGCCUCAGUGAUGACAUGGCUUACGACAGCUACUCGGAGGCAUGUGGACCCGAUUUUUUGGACGAGUCUGAAGUGGACGACCCGGAAGUUGAAGACGAAGAAAUUUUAGAAAACAAGAGCGAAAAUGAGGAUUUUGAUAAAAUUAAGAUCGAGAGGCUUAUGGAAGAAGUCGAGAGGCUGAGGGAGGAAAAUCGGGCUCAAAAGGAUCGGUUGGUGGAAAAGGAUGAGGAGAAGAGGGAAGCUAUUAGGCAGUUGAGUUUGGCGGUCGAUUUGUUGAGAGAUGAGAAUAUGAAGCUUAGGGAGCGUUUGGUUGCGAAGAAGAAAACGACGACACCUAAGAAAGAGUCGGAAGAAGGGUUUUUCGGGAGGUUUUUCGGAGGAUUAUCGGGGAAGUUGUUAUUACCGGCGGCUACUACUAAUCUGGUUGCGGUGUAAGGUGGGUGUAUUUUUGUUGUUCAUUUUUUCUUUUUUUUUUUUNAUAUAUG